GUGCACAACUUCUGGGAAGAGAACAAAAAAAAAAAAAAUUGGUGGAGUAAAUGCCAAUACAAAGAGUGGAGAGAGAAAAAGAAGAAGAGCGCGCGCAUUCUUGCUCUCUCUUGUUAUCACUUGCGCGGCAAUUGUUAUUGUUCCGACAAAUUCACAAUUGUCCAGCCUAAAUACUUAAUUUUUGCGACUUAUAGUCUAUAUCUGUGAAUUUUAUGUGGAAUUGUGUUAAAACACCAGUUCGCGCGAAAAGCGAGAGUGAUCGCAAGUGUUCGAAUUAAAAAUAGCGUUAGCGUCGCCAAUUGAAGGCCACCUGUCGAGUGCACUGCCUGCGGAUAUUUGUGCCCAGUGAAGCGUGAAUCUGCAGAAAGCGCUUCAUUCGCUGAAUUAUGCGAUUGUGUAUUGUGUUCUGGUAAAAAACAACCACUGGAAUUCACUUUACGCACAAAACGACUUUAGAACGCAGCAGGAUGUGGAAAGCGUAGGAGAAAAAAGGGUAGUAGACAACACGCAACGAAGGCCGGAAAACGUGGAAAUGACUGGCUAAUUAAUUAGCAAAGUAGGCAAAGGAAAAGCGGCGAAAAUAGGUGUACCUUCUAAAUUCCGAUUUGUUGCAAAAUUUAUACCGAGCCAAGGCUUAAAAUGACAUCAUACGCAAAUGACACAACGACAGCAGCAGCAACAACAGCCACAUCGGCGGCAGCAACAUCAGAUGGCGCAGCAGAGGCGGCAACUACAGCUGUCCCCGCCCACCAAUCAGCUGUGGGGGGCGUGGCGCCAUCAGCUGAUUCGUCCAAAGUCAAGAGCCGCGACAAUUUGUCCAUUGGCCGCGGCCACUAUGGCGAUGACGAUGGCAACAGCAGCGACGGACGCGAAAAGGCCGACACAACACCGGAAAAUAUCAAGAAAAUCGCCGAAAUCAUCGACAGUCCAGAUGGCACCACCUCGGCCAAUUCGCCAAUACCCUCGCCCCGACAUGUCCAGCUUCGGCAUCCCGUGAAUCCCGGCUUCGUGGGCCUCGGCGCAGCCAUCGAUGACUCCUGCGGCAAGUUCUGCCUUGGCAAGCCGCCACCAUCGCCGGCCGAGAAAGCAGCUGCGGCACAAAGCAGAGCGAACCAGCAACAUGGCACUCCAACAGCCAACAGCAGCAGCAACUCCAAUCAUAAAUCAGCGGCUGAUGACGAGGAGAACUCGAGCGAGUCGAAUACAACCACGAAAGCUUCGCUGGCCUUCACCAUUGAUCAUUUCGAUGCCUCCGAGAACGAUUCUGCGGCACAGGCGGCGCGCUACAAGAACAUGAUGGAGCGUUUCCAGAAUCGACACAAGCGCGGCGCCUCCAUGUCCAAGCUGGAGACGGAGAAGGAUAACACGACGGCCACAUCGAACAGUGGACGGCAGUCGCAGAGGAGCAGCCUGGAUGCUGGCAGCAGCAUGGCGGACGAUGUCUCCUCCCUCACAGCAGCCACGCCCAGCAGCGAACAGGCGCCUCCGGUGCAGGUGAAGAUGCGGGUGCGGGAUCGUAGCGCCUCCCGGGUGAGAGAUGCCUCCAAGCGGCACAGUUGGUCGCCCAGGAGCUCGGCCAAUGCAACCGAACCAGUCGCAGCACCUGCGCCCAGACCCGCCAGCCGAUCGAAACUGCCACCGCCGCCGGCGGCGAACAAGGGUACCUCCAACAUGGUGGCCAACCGCACGGCCAAUCAGUUCACACCUCGCUCCACCGCCAUGCAGCUGGCCCUGCGCCAGGUGGAGAUGCUGUGCCCACAGCCGCCGCUAGCCGAUGGCAAACCGGCGGCCGAGAACGAUGCAGUCAGCGAGGCAGGCACCUACACCCUCGAUGGGGACAACUAUACGGAGGAGCAGAAGGAUCUCAUGAACAUCGAUAGAAAUUUGAAGGAGGCAGCUGCCAAGCAGCGGCCCAAACAAUUGCCAGUUAAGUCCAGCCGGGGCAGCAACGUCCUGGAGGUCAACUACUACCACGAAACGCCGCUGCAAGAGCAGCUGCCACAGCAACUGCCAGCACAGAGGAGCUCCACAGGUGCCUAUCUGGAUCAACUCAAGAGUCGCGUGCUGCGUCAGCAGGUGCCCCUUUCGCCACCCACUCCGCCUUCGCCGGCAGCGGAUAUGGGCUGCUUUACCAGUGUGACCACCAGCGGAGUGCUGGCCAAACAGCGCGCCCUGGAUACCCAUCCGAAGCACAGUCGACACUCGCACAGCCUGUCCACCUCGCAGAUCGACAGCUCUGAGUAUGUGAGCAACGAGGCUAAACUGAGGCACACGCAGGCCUUGUCCGGAUCGGCCACCGAUCGCCAGAAGGCCGAGUACCGCCUGAAUGUGUUCACCACUAGCACCAAUCAGCAGCACCAGUUGCCGGAUACACCCACCACGCCCACACAGAGCUCGGAGGCCGCCCUGCUGCAGACGGCGCAGACCAAGCAGGAUUGGAUCCAGGAGUGGGCACGCAAUGCGCGUGCAAGGAGCCUGGCCCAGGAUGUGAGUGGCACGAGCGCCGCUCGCCGGAAGCAGCAACAGCAGCAGGCGCAAGCGCAGGCACAGCAACUGAUGACACGCAGCUAUAACUGCUCCGACACGGGAGGCGAUUCCUUGACGGAUGACAGCCUCAGUUUGUACAACCAGCAGCGGCAGUAUGCGGCGGCAGCCAAGCUCAAUCGCGGACUGGCGGAGCGGUAUCGCCUACUGGGCGACUGUGACUACGCCAGCGAUCCGGCGCUGUGCAGCCAUGGCGGUGGUGGAGGUGGACAGGUGCUGGAACCAGGUUACAAGCCACCAAAGAGUCCCAGCAAGAUUCCCUCGCCGCUGCACACGCUGGGACGUGCGCGCAGUGCCAGUCGCUCGCGCCCGCCAACGGAUGCAUACUUGGAGCAAACGGCUGCGGCCAUUAGUAAUCUCCAGCAGUCACUAUCACGCAGAAGUUCGGUUAAGUCCCCGGCACAGAGCAGUCCGCAGCACAGUCUGGAAUCGGGAAUGGGUGCCGGAGCAGGCGGUGGCUAUAGACGAUCUCCGCUCCAUCGAGCGCUCAUGACCAGCAGCAUCAAUGAGGCGCAGCUGCAGUUGCUCACCAGUGGCGAGUAUCUUCUCAAGCAAUUGCGUCGCCGCAAGAACUCCCUAGAAUAUGAUCCUGGUCAAGAAGUGGAGCAUGUUGAGCCAGCAGCUGCACCCUUGUCGCCGCUGCGUCGAUCGAGUAGCUUCCAGCAGCAGCAGGGCCAGCAACCUGUGCGUCAGGCGCGUCCCAAUUUCCAGAACCUCUACACACCGCCCGCUGCCCGUCAUGCCCACGCCUUGAGCACCGUUCACCAGCAACAGCAGCAGCUAAAGAAAUCCGCCAGCAGCAACAAUUUCGAGCAGGCUUACAGCGACUACGACAACGAGUUGCAGUAUUAUAUAAACGAUGAGGAUGAAAUGGGCACUACUGGGGCCUACUACUCCAGCAACGAAGAGGAGGAGGCUGUGGAGAACCACGAAGAUCAGAGCGCCGUGCCGCUAAGUAACACGCGCAUGAACAAGGCACUGCUGAUGCGGAUCGAGAGAAGCAAACAGAGGGUGGCUGGAACACAGGCGCCGGCCAAACCAACCUCAGCACCAGCGGGCAAGCUGAGCAUGGCACAAAGUGGUGCUGGCUUGGUGGCCUGCCCCAAUACUCCCGAAAUGCCACGCCGGGGAAUCAAGAGUGCUCCCAGGGCAGCUCCAGGGUCGGGCAAUCGAAUCGCCCGCCAGUCAAUGCCCCGGGAGACGAGUCUCAGUCGACUGGCACAGCAGGUGCCCAGCUCUCUGGCCAACGCUAAGAAGCAGCUGCUCCAAACCGCCAAUGCCGGUGUCACCUCCAAUCCAAGGGAUCAGCGUGUGCAGCCCAAAUACCUGGACAUAUCCAAGUACAAGUCGGCGCAAUCCAACAACUUUUUGCGCAAGAACGAUGCCAAGAGUACUCUGAAGCCAGCAGAUCAAAUGAAACGAAGUCCCAGUGCCUCAUCCAUGGGUCUGAGUCGCGGCGAGGGAACGCGAGCCAGUAAUCGGAGUGUGCGUAGUGCUGCCUCUGCAAUGAACACCAGUACUACUUCGCUGGGCGGUGGAAAUCCAGGAUCACGCAACUCGUCAGCAAUUCGUCGCGAUGCCUCAGUGAACAAGCAAAAGGAGGCCGAAAUGGCCAUGUGGAAGCGUCGAUCUACCUAUGAUCCCAUGAAGGCGGCAGCCGAGGAUCGCCGCAAGAAGGAGGAAGCGCGACGAGCUCAGAAUGAAGCUCAGCGACAGAUCAACGAUGAGGUUGAUGAAAUGCCUUUUGAGAGUGUGCUGCGCCCAGCCAACAAUAUGACCAUCACGAGCGGCGGCAACAGCUACAGUCCUCGAAACUCCGUGGAAAACGACGCCUGGACGCUUGGUGAAUCCUCCGAGUAUGGGGAAUAUCCCGAUGACUACGAUGAAAACGAUGAGGUGCAUGGCGAUGAGGAUGAGGAUGAGGAUAUUGACUACGUUGGCCAGGAAUCCGACGAUGUUUUCGAAACGGAAUCCGGCGAGGCUGCAGUUCAGGGCGCACAGUAGACAGCUAUAGAACUAAACAAAACACAAACCAGCAACAGUGAUAAAUAAUUCGAUAUAUACAUAACUCUAUAUAUAUGUAUAACAUAUUGUAUUUCUUAGCGAUUGAUAAUGCGAAAUACGUAUAACCUUAGCUGACAUGAUUUUCCCUUGGCUUGUUCGACCUAUCUAAAUGAAGUUUUGUAUUUUGAAAACCGGAGAUCAUCGAAAUAUGCAAUAAACUGAACACGCUAAAUGAAAAAGUUAACCACUUCAGAUCUGUCCACAUGCCGUAGCGUAUUUUUUUUUAAAUAUUUUAUUGCUGAAAUAUUCACUUCAUGAAUUGAAUUCGAUAAAAAUAAUAAGUUGCAAAGCGUUGAAAGCUUAAAGGAUUUCUGAAAUUGUACAAACAUAACUUAAAAAUGGAAUAUGCUUUAAAUAGAUAUUCUGACAUUGUCGAUUUGGUGCAAAUAACUAUAAUAUAUAUGGAAAAAUACUCAGAUGUGUCCUAGGCCUUGUGAAGUUUGAAGAGUUAGAAAUGGAUUUAAAGUCGAGCCGAAAUGACUGCAAUCAAGUGCUAAACGAAACAAUGUAAUUUUAAGAAUUGCUUACCAAAAACACGCGGUAAAACUGACCAAGAGGAAUUGAAUUGUUUUGUAAUCUGAGCUGAAAUUUAAUGCGUUCGAGAUCGGCCCUUUCUUUGCCCAAACACGAUUACUGGGAAUUAGUUUGGUUUUUGGUAAGAAUUUGUAGUUACUCAUCAACUCAUGUCUGUAGGUUUUUAUAUACAUAUAUGCGAACACACGAUGGAAGGUAGCUUACAUAACAAAUUACGAUACUGUCUAGUUUUAUAUAUGCAUA